AUGGACGCCUUCGUGCUGGACGAGUACGUGUGGCCGUACGUGCCGCUCGAGCUCGACGAUGCUACGAAAAAGGAGUGGAACAUCAAAUUUGUUAACUUUAUUGGCUGGAUGGACUGGCUCUGCAAGUACCAGCCAAUCUCGCAGCUCAUCGAGAACCAUCUCUCGUUUUUACUUGGAGAGAUAAUGUUCGUCAGCUGCUGUCUGCUCACGUUUAUUCACGCAUACCGUAACCGCGAACGGCGCUACCUUUACGUCUGGAUUGCCAUCACCAUUCACGCUUUCAACGUCGAAAACUUGUGCUACAACAUUCCGGAUAUGGACAAUUUUUGGCAGGCUCAGGGCGUUUUGACGUUUUUCGGUGCUCGUGCCCCCCUCUACAUCCUCUUCGGCAUCUACCACACCUUCGACUACUGCGCCUACGUGGCUGUCCAAAAGCUCCAUCUCCCGUGGUGGGCCGAAGGACCCGCUGUGGGUCUCGGUGCGGUGAUGCUCGACCUACCAUACGACAUUCUGGGUAUAAAAAACCUGUGGUGGACGUGGCACGACACGGAUCCGAACAUUUACGAUCGAUUCUACUGGGUUCCCUGGAACUCGUUCUACUUCCACGCCUCAUUCGCCUGCAGUCUCGUCUGGCUGCUGCACCUGACCCGGCGCUAUAUCGUGGAUGUCGAAUACGACUGGCGAAAGAUCCAUCGUGAAUUCUUGUGCUCGUUCCUGGCGGGAGUUUCCGCCUUCUGGCUGGGCACGCUGCAGUUUGUGCCCAUAUACCACACGCUGCACGACUUCUACAAGGUUCACUCCGAAAUCACGACCAUCCUCUUCCUCAGCACCUACGCCCUCAUCGUCAUUUACCUUCACCAGGCCAUCGGACCCUGCAAAGAAAAGCAGAAAGUCCAGACGCCAACCGGGAAAGUCCUCUACAAAAAUAAAUACCUAUGCGCCACAAACUACGACGAGAAGUACUUUGACUUCCAUUGCCUGCCAAAUGGCGGGAAAGCCCCGGAACAGCAACGUGGCGAGCCGCUGGAAUGGUAUGCAGUGUGCGGGACCGAAUUCGAAAAUAGGGCUGAGUACAUUGCGAUUGUUUGGGGUUGCUGCAUCCUGUUCGGCACGAUUUUCUACCAAAUGCUCGCCAGGUCCGGAGAGCUGCCGGAUGUCCCCCAAAAAGUGCUCCGGAAGCGUCCGGUCGCGGAGAAAGCACAAAAGAAGGCUGACGAAGGGGAACCGGAGAAAAAGUUCGUGCAGCGGAACCCGCGUCCGAUGACCCCGCGAAAUACUGAAACUUCGGCUACUUCGUCUUCCGAUGAAUCGUCGGCCGUCUCGAUGACCGUGACCACGAAGUCGCUGCGCCCGAGGGCAAUCGGCGAGCAGCUCUUCGACCAUACACCGGUUGUCAGAAGGCACAUCGAUGCCUUCGUCGAGCAUUUCGAACGCAACGAUCGGCACCGCGAGUUUGACGGCAUCAUCCGGGCUUCACAUUCGCUAGUGGAAGCGUCCGAUACGAACAGCAUCGACCAGCUGGCGGAACGGAUACGAAAAUUGGCGCAACCCACUUUUAAGCAGGAGCACGACUUGUACCUCGCCGCGAUCGAAAAAUCGCAGCACGAAUACGUGCCCGGCAGCGCUGCUCCUCCAGAUGGGUCGCCUUUGCCAAGCGCUGGACCGCCGCCGGAGGGUUGCCCCGAGAACUCGAAAUGGGAGCUGAACUCGGGCUGUGACUCGUGCGAUGCGCUUAAGAAGAAGAACGAGCCGUCCUGGGUAUGCGCUACCGCUCCUCAAAUGAGCUGCCACUGCCAGCCCGGGUUCGGCUCGCCGGUGGGCCCCGGCAACAAAACGUGCGUUCCGGUCGACAAAUGCCCACCAUCGCUGUAUCAAGCCGGUAGCGACCCGCCUCCGGUAGUCUCCGGACUCUCCGGAUCUGUCCCAGUUAAGCCGAAGACCCUGCAA